GUUCUUCUCUCUUCAAGAGGUUAGACGUGAGCAGCGGCGUGUGGCUCUGAAGUCCGCAUUCUCUCUUUCAAUAUCAACAAUCUCUCUCUACGGGCACUCUAUCCCGCUUUAUCUCGACCGCGCUCCUCUCCUCCACACGAAUAUUGUCGGGUUCUUUUGAAAUAAUCUAGCUCUUGGUGUUUUUAGACGAGAUCAGGUCCAAGAGUAACUGAGACGGACUGGGAAUGGCGGCGCUUCCCCACCCAACACCGCUGCCGUCGGCGAGGUUUUUUCCUCGCCAACCUUUGUUGAACUGCCCCUUCGCUUCCUCUUCGUACCGAAGCCGUCUCGUCGGAGAUUUUAUUGGUUUCUCGCAAGGGCGGGCGAGGCGGCGGAGAGAUGCUGGUGCAAGGAAGUGGUGGUCUCCGACCAUCAGGGCAGUCCUUCGAGACCUUGACCUCGAAGGAUCCAAUAGGGCACGGAGAGCGCCAGUUGUAGCCGAAGGCAUGCUGGGCAAGGAGCGGUCCAAGGUUGUAAAUUUGGAUGACAUAAUAUCAGAAAGAGGAGCUUGUGGAGUUGGGUUUAUUGCAAACUUACAAAAUAAAGCAUCCCAUAAUGUAAUUUUGGAUGCUCUAACAGCUCUUGGUUGUAUGGAACAUCGUGGUGGAUGUGGAGCAGAUAAUAUAUCUGGUGAUGGGUCUGGACUGAUGACUUCAGUGCCAUGGGAUCUCUUUAAUGAUUGGGCCAGCAAACAGGGAGUUGCUUCAUUAGAUAGAAGUAAUACUGGUGUUGGAAUGGUUUUUCUUCCCAAAGAUGAAAACUAUAUGAAAGCAGCAAAAACAGCUAUUAUGAGGACUUUCUUGGAAGAGGGUUUAGAAGUUAUUGGGUGGAGACCUGUUCCUGUAAACACGGCAAUAGUUGGCUACUAUGCAAGGAAAACAAUGCCCAACAUACAACAAGUAUUUGUCAAAGUACCAAAAGAGGAGAGUGUUGAUGACAUUGAAAGGGAGUUGUACAUCUGCAGAAAGCUAAUUGAACGAACAACACAAUUAGAAGAGUGGAAAGAUGAGCUGUAUUUUUGUUCUUUGUCAAAUCAGACAAUAGUCUAUAAAGGAAUGCUUCGCUCUGAAGUUUUGGGUCAAUUUUAUUUGGAUCUACAGGAUGACCUAUAUAAGUCUGCAUUUGCAAUUUACCAUCGUAGAUACAGCACUAAUACUAGUCCUAGAUGGCCUCUUGCACAACCUAUGAGGCUGCUGGGUCAUAAUGGGGAGAUCAAUACCAUUCAGGGAAACUUGAAUUGGAUGCAAUCUCGAGAGACAACUAUUGAGUCUCCUGUUUGGCGUGGUCGGGAAAAUGAAAUACGUCCUUAUGGCAAUCCGAAAGCAUCGGAUUCAGCUAACCUUGAUAGUGCUGCAGAAUUAUUACUAAGAAGUGGUCGAAACCCUGCAGAGGCUCUUAUGAUUCUCGUCCCUGAGGCAUAUAAGAACCAUCCCACAUUGAUGAUUAAAUAUCCUGAGGUAGUUGAUUUCUAUGACUAUUACAAAGGACAAAUGGAGGCUUGGGAUGGACCUGCUUUGCUUUUAUUCAGGUUCUAUUUUAGUGGUUGUGAGUUGAUAUCCUUUGCUAAUAUGUAGCAGUGGUUAAAACGCAUGAAAAUAUUUAUGUCUAAAGAAAUAUUAAGUUGUUUUGAUAUGAGUAUUGCAUUAUUGCGAGGCCAAAACUUGUAGAUUGUUAGAACUACCCCCCCUCUUGUGGAGCUGAGGAGUUUGUUAUCUCCUAAAGAGUUUUAUAUUGUAUAAAUUUGCAGUCAUUCUACAUGGUUAUUGUUCGCUAAUCAGCUUGUUUUAUGUAUCCCAUUUGCAUCAAGGCAAACUGUUUUUACAUUUAUGAAGCUAAGAAUAAUUGGACCA